AUGCCCGUCAAGGUGCGAGGCUCGCUUCAAAGAAGCCUUUUCCGCUCCUGGGACAAUGCGGGCGUCUUCUUCUGUCCGUCCUGCUCAACUUGGCGUCGCGAACUCGCAACUCGCGCCAGAGUCAAAGAGAAUACCGCGGCACCGCGCCGAGGCAUUUACGCCUUGCAAAACACACCGGCACCUCUUCAUCGGAGAUUCACCACGUCUCCUACGAUAACGGCGGGGAAAUAUGUACCAGCUCAGUUCAAGGAGCUUUACGAUGCGCUGAGUGAAGUCAAGGACGCGGCCAUUGAGCAGGUGAGCUUGAGUCGGCUGUCACUUGCGCUGCGUGGAUUGGAGUCGGAGGCACCCUUGAUUCGGGUCGCUGUGCUUGGACUCGACAACGCAGAAGCUGCACGAAAAUUGGUUCGUCUGCUUUUAGCAGAUCCUCUCGGACCGCGCGAAGCAUGGGAAGAUAUCUUACAAAGCUACGAGGCCGAUCCAUCUCGUGGACUCCUGAUUCGGUACAUAUGGCGACGUUUCCGAAUCUAUUCCCAACGAUCUGCUCCCAACCAUAUCAAUUCGUUCGCCAUUAUUGAAAAAAGUAAUGUCGAACUGCUCGUCAGUUCGAUUGGUUCUGAUCCCGAGACGACGGGUGUGACACUCUCUGCCGAAUCAUUCCUCGUGCCCAAUGUCGCUAUUCCUACAUCACAUUCUGGCCGACAGAACUUUGUUCGAUAUCCAGUGCAUUACUCUGUUGUUUGUGGUACUGGGGUUGAUGGUCUGUUGGCCUUCAGCAACUUGAUGGGUCGAUCCAAUCUCCAGAAUGAAGUGGCCUCUGUUCGCGGUGCCAUCGAUCUCGCUGUGGCGGGUCAGAAGCAGAACAAUAGCAGUGUCUCAUUUGUCGACCUUGAUCGUGCCACAGCGGCUCUCGACAAGAUCCGCCAUUCAAUUCAGAACGCAUCAGAGUAUGAGCGCGGGUGGAAUGGCAGUGGUGUGCAGCCUGUCAUCGACUGGCUGUCGAUGAUUUCUCGUGAAGACCGAGAUACUAAGCUAAACCCUGCGCUCGCCCCACUGAUUGAAUCGCUGCUCAAUGCAGCUGAGAAGGGCGUCGCUUUGCGGGAGUCUGAAGCCCUUCGUGAGCAAACCGAGGGUACAGUCUCCUUAGCGGUCCGAUCUCAGCUCGAAAACGAAGUCAGCAUGUGGGCUGAGCAGGCGCACUCUGAGCUCCGCAGCUCUCUAGAAGCGGGCUUCGCUAGUCCUCGCUGGCGUGGACUGGCAUGGUGGAAACUAUUCUGGCGUGUUGACGAUGUGAGCAUGAUCACGUCGGAGAUUUUGGAGAAACAAUUCCUUCGCCAGGCCGAGCGCGAGGUCAUCUGGACGUCUGGCAAGUACAGGCAGGCUGGCCUCUUGAAUAUAGUUCCCGGAUCCAUUGCAGCCGACAAGCCGACGUCGGCUUUCUGGUCGACACAGAUUCCAGACAUGCGCAAUAAGCUUCUCUCGACCACUGUGCCCUCUCUACAGGCCUUGGCGCAGAGUCUCGUGUUCUUCAGUGUCUCCACCACCACCUUGGCCUCUGCGCUUUCCGCACUGACCUACGCUGCGGUUCCGGCCGCGUCUGUCUAUGAGUCGUGCACACUGGCAGCCAUCGGUCUGAUCUACUCAUUGCGCCGCCAGCAGAAGAAAUGGGAUGCUGCGCAGGAGUUUUGGGAGGAAGAGGUGCGAGACGAGGGCCGGACUGCCUUGCUCGACACCGAAGCCCAGUUGCGUCAGAUUGUCCGUGAGGGCGGCAAGCAAUUGGAGGUUUCUUCGGAUCGCCGGAUACGAGAGCUCAUUGCGCAUGCGCGCAAGGCUCUCGAAGAGGUUCGAGCUUAA